GCCGAGAGGAAGGCGGAUGGCGGCAACAUCCGGGGCUUCUGGGGCGACGGCGGCGGGCGCGGGAUCCGGCGCGGCCCCGGCUCUCUACGCCUGCACCAAGUGCAACCAGCGCUACCCUUUCGAGGAGCUCUCCCAGGGACAGCAGCUCUGCAAGGAAUGUCGUAUUGCGCACCCCAUUGUAAAAUGUACUUACUGCCGAUCAGAGUUUCAGCAAGAGAGCAAAACUAAUACAAUAUGCAAGAAGUGCGCCCAAAAUGUGAAACAAUUUGGAACGCCAAAACCAUGUCAGUAUUGCAACAUCAUUGCUGCUUUUAUUGGCACAAAAUGCCAGCGCUGUACAAAUUCUGAAAAAAAGUAUGGACCACCUCAGACAUGUGAACAGUGCAAGCAGCAAUGUGCUUUUGACCGCAAAGAAGAAGGAAGAAGAAAGGUUGAUGGGAAGCUGUUGUGUUGGCUUUGUACUCUGUCCUACAAGCGAGUGCUGCAGAAGACCAAGGAACAGAGGAAGAGCUUAGGGCCCUCCCAUUCUAACUCUUCUACGUCUAUUACCGAAAAAGACCAGCAUCAUUUGAAACACCACCAUCACCACCACCACCGCCACCCCCACCACCAUCGCCACCAUCAUCACAGCGGCCCCCAUCACAAAAUCGGUAGUCUGAGCCCAGAAGAUGAUCAGGGGUUGUGGAAGCAGAGCCAUAAAUCCUCUUCAGCUAUUCAGAAUGAAACUCCAAAGAAAAAGCCCAAAAUGGAAACCAAGCCAUCUAACGGAGAUAGUAGCUCUAUAAAUCAGUCAGCAGACAGCGGAGGCACCGACAACUUUGUUCUAAUAAGUCAGUUGAAAGAAGAAGUGAUGUCACUGAAACGCCUCCUGCAACAAAGAGAUCAGACUAUCCUGGAGAAGGAUAAAAAGCUGACUGAGCUGAAGGCAGACUUUCAAUACCAAGAAUCGAAUCUAAGAACCAAGAUGAACAGUAUGGAAAGAGCUCAUAAGGAAACUGUAGAACAAUUACAGGCGAAGAACCGAGAGCUUCUCAAACAAGUUGCAGCGUUGUCAAAGGGCAAGAAGUUUGACAAAAGCGGGAAUAUGCUGACAUCACCAUAAGAAGAUGGCGGCAGUUUGCGUAGCUAUUAAUCUCGGAAACGUACAUCGACUCCGGGGAAAACUACAUAGAAACAAACCUUUUGGCGUGCAGAGUUGGUGGCAUAGUUCCUAUAUACCUUUUUCUAACUGAAUAAUGUUUUGGAGGUUUGUUUUUGCUUCCCUUCCCCUCCCCCCCGCAAAUUAAAAUUAUUUGAAUUAUUAAAGUACUUCAACAGGUUUGAAGAAGGCACGCAUACCUAUAUAAUGCCUACGUGCAGCCAUACAAAAGGAAGCAGCUGGCCAGUCCCUGGUGAUCAGUAAGCGUGCUGUCCCUGGUCAUCACAUCAUGCAAUAACACACACACACACACACACACACACAUUAAAGGCAGCCCUUCAAGAGGGCAGCUCCCCGAAGUGCUCCUGUUGUGCAGACUGAUUGCAUUCGGUUGGACUUUAGCAGGUUGUCCAGACGAGCAGAAACUUCUCGGCGCUAGACGAAGACAUCUGAGGAGAACUUUCAAUCUGAUCUACAUUCCAGCAGCAGCUAAUUUGAAAACUGAGCAAGAGCACUGGAGACUUUUGACCAACCCUUCUUGGUCUUUUAGUCCAAAUAAGAUUGCAUUGAGUUUUAAAAUCAUGGUGCUUUUAUUACAAGAAGCUUAAACCUUAUAAAUAUAUGUAAAAGAUUUUAACACUUCUAUUCUUAGUAAUAACUGGUGUUUUGCAUUUCCUGUUAUAGAAAAUGAAAGAGAUUCUCUAUUGUAAGUACCGGAACAAAAUGUGGGGUUUUCUUUCUUUUCCCUUUUCUGAAAAUACGCUGUAGACUUCCUCCUGCAAGUGCCUUUUCUCCCAAUGGUUUAUUUAUAGGAAUGUUGGUAUUUGUAUAUACUUUUUCUUUUUCUUUUAACCAUGUUUCAGCGUCCCCCUGUAUGUAUAUAUUUAUAAGUGUAUAUACAGAAGGAUCAAAUGCUAAGAUCAAAUGGUUAGAAUGAUAGUGAAGGUGCUAAGUCCUGGCAGGCAAUGAAUUGGGGCUUCUAGAUACUGUAACAGAUGUGUCUGGGUAGACAGUAUUUGUCUUAGCUCUUGCUGUGCCUAACUUAAUGGCGGGAGGGGCUUUUGAACUGUUGUGCUUCUAUGAAUAGAUAAAUUGUUUUAUCAGUGCUGAUUUGCAUUGUAAUUCUCAGUGAUCUGUUCUUGAUUGAAUGAUGACAGGGGGCAAUAUUUGAGCUAAUGUUAACUCUCCAGGUGUUUCUUUUUAAACAACACUGCACUGUUCAGAAAUGCCGUUUCUGAACAGUGCUGGAAACAUGGCUUGUUAUUUCUACACAGUGAGAAAAUAACAGUUCUACCCUGCUAAGGGCAUUGUCCACACAGGAGUUCUGUGGCCAAUAAUUGGGAGCUGGAAGAAAUGAACCUUGAAGAAGCCUGAAUGCCUAACACUGAGAAUUUUUUUUUUUUUUUUUAAAAAGAACAACCAGCUGUGUAGUCAUAGAACAGGGGUCUCCAAACUUGGCAACUUUAAGCUUUGCUGGCUGAGGAAUUCUGGGAAUUGAAGUCCACAAGUCUUAAAAGUUGUCAAGUUUGGAGACCUCUGUCAUAGAAACAUACUGGCCCCAUAACCAUGGCCUAGUCUUUUCAGUCACUGGACAGUAAUGCAGGCUGAAGCACCAUUUGCACUAGAGGGAUAAAGUGAGAUUGAACAGCAAAAUUUCUUUUUCCAGCUAAGAAUUAUAAUCAGAGAUGCCAUAAAUCUCCCCAACAGCAUUUUUGGGGGAGAGCCUAGGAUUUUGUGGAAGUAGAUCAGUAACCAUAGAGACCACCAUUACGUAACAUCAGUUGUAUACAUAUCCAUAGGAGUUUGUUGAGUGUGUCCUGCGGGCACUCUCAAUUUCUUCAGGGCAAAGACCCCCUCAGCAUUGCAUAAGUUAGUGCAAAGCACCUGGAAUGUGUCUCCAAAUUUUGUAUAAUGCACAGAGGUUUCUAGCACAGUGUUCUUCAGACUUGGCGACUUUGAGAGACGUAGACCAGCAUGCUGUCUGGGAAAUUCGCCGCGCUUUGAAGCCUACACAUCUUAAAAAUCGCCAGAUUUGAAAAAAGACUGCUCCAGCAGAUAAGCAAGAACUGACUCUUGAAAUAAGUAAGUUGGAAAUUAUGAUUUGGAUGCCUAAAGCUUAAAAACAGAAACCAAUAAUACUUCAAUAUUUUUAGAAGAAUGAGGUAAGACAGCGGGGGGGGGCAACUUUUUGGGUGCCGGGGACUGGUUCUGUGGAGGGCAGUUUUUCCUCAGACCGGGGUGGGUGGGGUGGGGCUGGAUCCUGUGUGUGUGCAGAUGGGACUUCGCUCCUUUGAGCACUCCAAUUCUUGGCGGGCUAUGAACCGGUGCAGGUCCGCAGAACGGGGUUUAAGAACCCUGGAUAUAAGACAUUAAGAAAAGUUCAUCGCCAUUCCAGAAAAUAAGUUUCAUUAGCCUAAAAUUUAUUAACCUAAACGUGUUUCUAUUAAAUGGAAAAAUCCAGUUGAUAAAGGGGUGCUCAAUUUAUUAUCACAGGAUUUGCACUUCAGCUAGCCUUCGUGUUUUGGGGCCUCCAGCUACCGGUUUUGGGAGGGUUUGUUCCCAAGAGACUACUGAAUAAUUGUAAUUUGAACAAAAGGGGAAAAAAAAGCUGCUUUCUACAAUAUUGAGAUUUUUUUUAUUUUUUGUAUACUAAAGAUGAACUUUGUAAAUUUAUAAAUACUAUUUGCGGAGAUUACAUGAAUUAUAUAGAUAGGGUAGAAUAUUCUUUUGCUAUCCUGUUGAAUUGCUUUUAUCAUUCAGACUUUUGUUUUUAAUUGCUGACUUCCAUUUCAGAGUAUUUUGAUACUUUUUCUGAUUGAAUGACUACCUGUCAUUGGUGGACUUGUUUAAAAAGAAACUGGUCAAAACUUUUCACAAGAAACGUAAUGACUUUAUGAUCAAGGCAUUGUCACUGAAACCUGUUUAUGCUGCAAUAGGAACAUUAUAUAUAGAGGAAGAAAACCAACAGUCUGGUUUUUAAAUACCAGAGCUGUGGAAUAUCCCAUUUCAAAACAUUUACAAGAGUUUUACUAUGUCUAAAGAGAAGAUAUUUAUUUUUAACUGUAGUGUUUCAAAGGCUGAAGAUUUGGGUGGCUUUCACAAAGAGCUUGAUGUUGUGUAGACUCAAGAUGACACACUAUGAUUUUUGCAUUUAAAUCAAUUCUUU